AUGUCUCCUAAAGUGUGGUUCAUCACCGGAUCCUCUACUGGGUUCGGGCGCUCCAUGACAGAGCUUAUUCUGAAGAAGGGUGACAUCGCUGUCGCCACCCUGCGCCAGCCCGACGCCCUCUCUGACCUCGUCGCAAAGUAUCCCGCGGACCAGCUGCUCGUUUUGAAGCUCGAUGUCGCCAAACCGGAGGAAGUCAGCGCUGCUUUCUCCAGCGCAGUGGCCAAGUUUGGUCGUAUCGACGUCGUGUUGAACAACGCGGCAUACUUCGCGCUCGGCGAAGUGGAGGGUACUCCAGACGAGAUAGCUCAGUACAUGUUCCGUGUGAAUUUCUGGGGGGCGAUGUAUGUCAGCAAGGAGGCAAUCAAGGUCUUCCGCGAAGUAAACAAGCCCGCCGGAGGACGUCUGCUACAGAUAUCCUCGGUGGCAGGCAUAAUAGCGACCGCAGGACUAGGGUAUUAUGUUGCCAGCAAGCAUGCACUGGAGGGCUUGAGCGACACCCUAGCAGCGGAGAUGGACCCCGAAUGGAACAUCAAGGCAAGUUGCCUUCCCCUUACGCAGAACGCCGCACACCAACCCGGCGCGUUCCGCACGAACGCCAUAGGCAAUCUGGUCAAGCUCCCACAACCACCUGCAUAUAUCAAACCCACACUCCCGGCGAAUAUCACGCGAGGCCAUCUGCAAACGCCGUUUGGCGCUGACCCCGACAAGGCGGCCGAGAAGAUGUAUCGUCUCUCAGAACUACACGAUCCUCCCCUGCACUUUCCCCUCGGAAAGGACGCUGUUGUCGUCAUGAGAAAGAAGAUUGCUGCCAUUUCGGUGGACUUCGAUCAGUAUGAGUCUUGGUCGGACGAUUUGUGA